AAGAUAUCAGACUCCAAUCUCACGACGAAGAAGUGUUCUGGCUUUGGACUCUGUCAGGGAGCUUACCAAACACCAAAGAGUCUUCCUCAAUCGCAAUUAAAGAAGAAGAGCAGAUCCCAGGGCCUGCUCUACCCCUGCUUUGUGUUCUGCCUCGGCACUGGAUUGCUCUUAACUUUCACAGCGGCGGUUUCCAUUGCACUUUUGAAAGAGUAUAAAGUCAUUUCUGAGCGAAAGAGAUUAUAGCGGGUCAUUCUCGAUUGGACUAGUGCCGUUUCUGCCGCUUGGGUGUGUUGAUAGGUCACCAUACAAAAUUUGUUCGCUAUGGAUACUCUACUUACUGCUGAGAUCGCUGCGAACUCGCCACGUUACCGUAGGAGAUCUUCUACGUUCAUCGAUGGAGUUCACGAUGUCCCCGACGAGAAGGCCUCUCCAAUGGCUCCAGCACAGCUUUAUAGUACGAUGUCGGGCAGACUCUUCCACUCCGGAAGAAUCGCCAUCGUCCUUGUCGGCCUGCCAGCUCGGGGAAAGACACACAUAUCCGUCUCCUUGUCUCGAUAUCUCCAAUGGCUCGGUGUAAAGACUAGGGUCUUCCACUUGGGUGACUACCGUCGAGCAACCAUGGGACCUGAUAUGGAAGUACCAGAGGAUUAUUUCUUUAUUAAUGCAUCAGCAACCUCCGUGAUGCUCCGUCAAAAGAUUCUAAAGAAGUGUAGGGAAGAUAUCUAUGCAUGGCUCAAUCAUGAGAAUGGUCAGGUUGCUAUUUAUGACGCCGUCAAUCCUCUUGCUAGUGGCCGAAGAUCGCUUGCAAAGGAAUUUCAGAAGCACGAUGUUCAGACUCUCUUCCUGGAAUCCUACGUCACCGACCAAAACAUCCUCGAGGAGAAUGCACGUAGUGUUAAGAUCUCGUCGCCAGACUUCGUCGGAAUGGAUCCAGAUGAGGCUGCCAAGCUUUACCUUAAGAGAAUUGACAUGAAGAUCCCACACUUUGAGACUAUGAACGAGCCCGACCUCAACUACGUCAAGAUGAUCAACGCUGGCGAGAGACUCGACUACAACAACGUAUCGUUUGGAUAUCUGUCGACUCGUAUCGUGUUCUAUCUCAUGAACCUCCACAUCAAGUCCCGCGUAACCUUCUUUGCCCGAGCUGGAACAUCCAGCCAAGAGGACUCGUUCAAGGCAGAUGCACCCCUUGGUGACGAAGGUAGAGCUUACGCAAAGAAGAUGGCUGAUACUUUGCUUGCCCACCGUGAGGCAGAGAGAGCCGCAAUUAUUGCUGCUGGUGAUUCCCCUGCACCCCUCAAGCCGCUCACCGUCUGGACCUCAACCAGAAAGCGCACUGUCGAGACCGCUGAUUACCUCAAGGAUAUCGGUUACAGAGUUCGUCAACGAUCGCAGAUGAGCCAACUUAAUCCAGGUGUCUGCGAGAAGCUGUCUGAAACUGCAAUGCGUCGGCUCUACCCUGAUGAGGUUGAAAGGCAUGAGUUGGACCCAUAUCACCACCGCUACCCACGUGCUGAGUCAUACCACGACCUUGCUGUUCGUCUUGAGCCUAUUAUCCUUGAACUGGAACGGGAGCACAAUGACCUCCUUAUCAUCGCUCAUGAGUCCGUCCUUCGAGUUCUCUAUGGCUACCUCAUGGCUUGCGAUGCUAUGAAUAUUCCCAAGUUGAAGUUCCCACGCAACGAGAUUAUCGAAAUCAUCCCAGCUUCAUACCAGAACGAGGCAAAGCGCAUCAAGAUCCCAAACGUCCACAUCGACAUGAUCCCCGGCUCCCCUGAAGAUAUCCGCAUUCCCGUUCCACCAAGCGGAUUCAUCAGCCCCUUGUCAGGACUUGGUACUCCAGCUGAGCCAGCCACGCCGAUGUCUAAGGUCGUCCCCCCCUCCCUCUUGAUACCACCGGGCGAGAAGCCACAGAACCCUCUCUCCAGAGAUUGAUGCACCAACAAUUGUCGAAAUGGCCAAUCGGUCAUCGCGGUUUGCGAAGGACGUCACUUGCUGAUACUUUCGACAUACUGCUACGACGUUGUCAUUAUCUCAUUUCGAUUCAUUUUAUUGGAAAUUGCAAAGCCUCGCGCUGCGCUUCCCCCGCCCAUCGUCUCCCUGAAAAGACCCUACGUUGUAUGAGUCAAUUUUUCGUUUUAUUUUACGAACUUUACGAAUGCCAACACGAAUACACGAUGCCUAAACGGACGGAUGCAUAACGGAAUAGAAGUGGAAAUGGGGAGUCUUCAAAGGGAUUGCAUCACAUCCAGGAAUGGGCAUAAAAUACGAAUUGCUUUUACGAAUGAACUUUCCUUGCUGUAGAUUAGAUACCUCUGCACAAAUGAAAUAAGUCAACGAAACCUUCCUCGUUGAGGUGUUACUUUAUCC